GCCAGUGCCAGUGCGAAGCAAAUUUCUAGUCCGAGCCGGGCCAAGAGUGAAGUGUAAACAGACAGCAACAACAGCGGCAGCCAGAGCAAAAACUGACAGAAUGGCGCACUAAGCGAGACGACCCUGAACUUUGAACUGGCAGUGAACUUGCACGGAAGUCAAUACAAGAACAACAACAACAACAACAAGUAGGCAACAACAUGGCCAGCAAAGGUCGCAGUCGGAAGUUGAAUCAGCGCAGCGCGCAGCUCGAUACGGAGGCCAGUGCAGCGCUGCUGAAGUCAUCGCCGAACAUCUUGGAGAACUUUGCCUACGACGAGUUCCACGUGCCACGGGCACACACUCCACUGAAACGGAUGGCCACGUUGCCGGGCCAGGUGGCGCGGCCGGCGUCGCCGCGCUUCUGCGAGACGCUGGAGCGGCAUGCGUUCAUGCGGAAUGUGAUUAAUACACGGCCGGAGCCGCAGCGUCGCUACUCCACGCCUGGCGAGAAGGAGGCGAAUGUGCGUCGCAGCCUGGAGGAGAUCACCAAGGAUAUCAAGGAGAUCGAGCAGUUUGUCAGCGCCACGGAGCAGCUAAUGCAGCGCGAAAAGGAGCAGGAGUUGGCCAGCAGCCAGCGCAGGCGCGACAAGGAGAACAAGACACCCAGCCCGGCCAAGCGCAUUUGCUUCAAGAUCAACGCCUACAAGGCGCCCCAGCGCCGUCAGCGGCCGCACAGUCCACGCUUCUAUAAGUCGCGCCUGUACUUUCGCAACGGACGCAUCGGCUGCGUGGAUGCCGAGCGCUCCGGGCAGAUCAACAACAUCGAGAGCACCCAUGCGCUGGUCAAGCACAUACUGAAGCACGAGAAGCCGCUGGUCAGUCCGGACAGCGUGCGGCGCGUGCUGCAGCCGCAGUACGUGGAGCUGACGCCGCUGCCGGGCGCCGUGGACGAGCCGGAUCCGGUGGUCGCUCAGCGUGAGGCUGAGCUGCGCAGUGCCACGGGCCAGGUGCUGCUCGAUCCGCCGCCGGAGCCGGAUCAGUGUGACAGCAGCUCGCAGCCCAUCGAGGAGGACGAGGAUGAGAAGGACGUGCAGAUCUGUUACAAUGAGUCGCCGGAGCAGCAGAACAACGAUCGCAAUAUGAGAACGACUCGCUCCUCCUCGCUCAACGAGAGCGAAAUCGUUGCCGUUGUCGAGGAGCCGCAUCGACCCAGCAGCGCUGGCAGCCUCGACUCCCAGGGCCAGCAGUUUCUGCGGGAUCAGGUGCGUCACUUGGUGCGCCGCUUCACGGCGCGCGCCAACAAGGUGAAGUCGCGCAUCGAGCUGCCGCCGACGCCCUCGUCCAGCAGCGCCAGCUCGCCCACACCGCCGCCGACGCAGGCAGCGCUGCACGCGAGCACCAAGAGCUUGCAUCCCUCGCCCGAGCACAAGGUGCGCCUGGUGCCCGCCGGCCAAUCGCCGCAUCGCGGACGUCUCUUCGAGGCGGACACGCCGCGCUCCAACGUCUGGCUCUGCUCGAGCCUGUGCGGCGCCAACAACGACGAGCGCACCCUGGAUCCGCAGGGCAAGAUCUACAUCUCGUGGCUCUGUGUGGUCUCCUUGUCGUUCCUCUACAAUGCCUGGGUCAUACCACUGCGCGCCUCGUUUCCCUUCCAGACCAAGGCGAACACAAACAUUUGGCUCGCCUGCGACUUCUGUGCGGAUAUUAUUUACCUGCUGGACGUGGUUUUCUUCAAGCAUCGCGUUAUGUACCUCUUCGAGGGCUUCUGGGUCAAGAACAAGAAUCUAACGCGCAAGAACUAUAUGAGGAAGCUGCAGUUUAAGUUGGAUCUGCUCGCCUUGCUGCCGCUGGAGCUCUUCUAUUUAAAGUACGGCACUGGCGCUGUUUGGUUGCGUUUUCCGCGUUUCUUCAAGAUACAGAGUUUCUGGGAGGUUUUUCGACUCUUAGAUCGGGUCAUUUCCUCGCCACAUUUCGUGCGCGUGGCCAAGACGCUGACCUACAUGCUCUAUAUGAUCCACAUAACGGCCGCUCUGUAUUAUGCCUACAGCGACUAUCAGGGCCUGGGCCAGAAUCGUUGGGUAUUCAGCGGCAAGGGACAUCCCUAUGUGAGGUGCUUUGCCUUUGCCACCAAGACGGCGACGUCGAUUGGCAAGAAUCCGAAGCCGGAACGUCAGGGCGAAUAUGUUUUCAUGACGGUCGCCUGGCUAAUGGGCGUCUUUGUGUUCGCCCUGCUCAUUGGCCAGAUCAGGGAUAUCAUUUCGACGGCGACACGCAACAAGCACGAGUAUCGUCAGCUGGAGGACGAGACGCUUGAGUAUAUGAGACGACUGAAUCUCUCCAAGGAGGUGCAGUCGCGUGUCAAAAUGUGGUUUCAAUUCACCUGGGAGCAGCAGCGCACGUUGGACGAGUCCAACAUCUUGGAUGCCCUGCCCAUCAAUCUGAAGACGGACAUUGCCAUCUCGGUGCACAUCCAAACCUUGUCCAAGGUUCAGCUCUUCGCUGACUGUGAGGAGGCGCUGCUGAGGGAUUUGGUGCUGAAGCUGCGGGCCGUUACCUUCCUGCCGGGCGAUUUUGUGUGCCGCAAGGGUGAGGUGGGUCGCGAGAUGUACAUUGUGAAGCUGGGACAGGUCCAGGUCAUGGGCGGCCCCAGCAGCGAUGUUGUCCUGGCCACCCUCACAGAGGGCUCCGUCUUCGGAGAGAUCAGUCUGCUGGGCAUUAAUGGCGCCGAUCGUCGCACAGCCGAUGUGCGCUCCAAGGGCUACUCCAAUCUCUUUGUGCUGUCCAAGUCGGACCUGAACGAGGUCAUCGCCUACUAUCCCAAUGCCCAGGCGAUUCUCAAGAAGCGCGCCCGUCAGCUGAUGCGCAAGAAUGCGGCCCGCGAGCGGGAGGAAGAGGAGCGAGAGCGCGCCCGUAGCGCUCUGCAGGCAGACGUUGUCAUUGGCAACCCCAAGACACCCGAGACGCCUCCAAAACUCCUGCAAACGGUCAUCCAGGCGCUGCCCUACGAAUCGCCCGCUGUUGUCCUCAUCACACGCGGCUCGAAGCGGGUGCGCCGCAAGCGCCAAUCCCUGCAGAUGGAGACGAUCGUGGAGCCAACCAUGGAUGUGACCGGCUGUGCCGAGGCCGUACAGCAGGCGGGCAAUCCCAAUCGGGAUAGCCUAAUCUUGAAGCCGGGUCGCGGCUCUCCAGAUCUACUCUCAUCCAUACAGCAGGAGCUCAAGUCUAAGCAUAAAUUCAUCAAUCUGACCGAUUCGGAGAAGGCGCUGAUCAUCACGCAGUCGGCGAACAACUCGAUGGAGUGCGUGCAGGAAGAUGUUUAGUCA